GAGUAUGGUUACAAUUAUGAAUACGUUGCAAAUACUGAUAAAGCCAAGUUAACAUUUGGAUAAUUGAAUAAUGUCAAUUUUUCUUCAUAUAUAUUCUGACGUUCUAGACUGAUAAUUGCCUAAGCUUUAUCCUAUAUAUGCAAUUUAGAGGCUCAAACAGAAGAAAUGGCUUUAAUUAAUUUUCAAUUUGUUUUUUUGACUUUGUUAGCUUUGUGCAUAGAAAAUGCAUUAGGUCAAACUAAACCUUCAUCCCAAUGCUAUUCCAAUUUUACGAUUUAUGUCAGCGGCGGUAAUUAUGAGGUAGGUAUGGUUGACAAAGUGUUCUUAGGUCUUGCCUUUUAUGACUACUUUAGUUUUGAUCCAACCACACUGUUUCUUAGUGUUAAUGGUUCAUACGUUGUUUCGGCCGAUUACGAUGGAUUGUUUUCAAUAGAUGAUAGUGGCCAAGAAGGCUGGUCAGUGGUAAGUUCAAAUGGCACUUAUUUAAUCGGUUGGCAAGGCAGUACAGAUUUUUAUAAUUGUUUUAACGAAACGUAUCCCGGUGUAAUUUCAACUGAGGAUUUCAUGGACUCAUCAGAAUGUUCUCUCAUAAGUCUUUAUAUUGAUGAUUCUAAUGUUGCAGAUUGUGUUACUUCCACUUAUUCAUCAGUGAGUUUUUCAGCAAGUAAUACGGCUAGUACUUCAGUCAGUUCUUCAAUAAGUACUUCAUCAGGCCAACCUCAAUCAUCAUCUCAAUGCUUUUCUAAUUUUCUGAUUUAUGCUGGGGCCGAUUCACCUGAAAUAGCGGUGGGAUUAGAUAACAAUAAUAAUCCUAAUCUUACAACUGGCAUUGUUGAUUAUUACAGUUUUGAUCCAACUACCCUGUUCGUCACUGUUGAUGGUUCAUAUCUUGUGCCAGUGCCAGUGGGGUAUGGAGGGGCUUAUCCACCAACUGUAAAGAUUUUUACACAAAGUGAUAUUGGUGUUGCAGGCUGGUCAAUAGUUAGUUCGAAUGGAACUUACUUGAUGGGUUGGAUGGGAAGCACAGAUUUUUACGUUUGCUCUGAUGACUAUCAUUUCACCAAUGUAAUCGCUCUAGAAGCAUUACCGGAAGGUGAUUGUUCUGAAAUAAAUCUUUAUGUUGAAGACUCAGCUUGUGAGGAUGAUGCCUCCUCUCUGACUCCUUCACUGGUGACACAUUCUGUACAAACAACAUCAGAUAAUGGCUCAACAAUGACACAAUUGAUUUCGACAUCUACUACUUCUGAAGGUACAAAAACUUUACCAAUUUCAACUCCAACCAUUCUAGCCGAUUUAUUUGAUAUAGUUGUUAGAUUAGAGGGAUUACUAGAAAAUAUAGAAGCUUUAUAUGUCGCAGAUUUAGCUGCUUUAACAUUGCAAAAGAGAGCAGGAGGUUAUAUCUUGGGUGUGAAUCUUGGUGGAGAUGCCGUACUAUUUAGUUUGAAUCAAACCACAGGAGUUCUUUCAGCUUCUAAUGGUUUGUAUGUUCAAGCUCCAGAUGCCGAUGGAGAUCUUGUACUUGGACCAGAUCCUGUUCCAGGUUGGGGUUAUGAUUCCAGCCUGGAUCUAACAUAUGAUAAUAGCCCAUUAUUCUAUAGUUGUUCAUAUGGUAGUGGUAACGAUUCAUAUGUUAUCAAGACCAUAAAUUCAGGAGGUUGUGAUUCCUUGAAUAUGGCAGUGAGUCCAGUAAUUAACUAUUCACUGAGCUCCUACAUUAGUUCAACAGCUUCAUCUCUGUUUGAGUCUGGAGGUGCUAGUGAAACAUCAAGUUCGGAGACCAGUGAAUCCUCUACCUCUGAGUCUACUCCUUCACUUUCGACAUUAAAUUCUUCCAUUACAAGUUUGUUUCAAUCGGGAUCUUUUUCAGUAUCAUCAAAUUCGGCUGAUUCGUCAUUGGAGUACUCAGAUGGAAGCACUUCAAGUGAAAGCUCAAGUACUUCGAAUUCGUCUUCGAUAGGUACUUCGUUGUCUGAGAACUUUUCAAAUUCUUCUAGUUCCUGCAAAGGUUCAAGCGAAACUAGUUCAUUGGAAUCUUCUGAAAUCACAAAUACUUCAUCCGAAGGUUCAAGAACAACAAAUUCACCAGACACUAAUACACCUACGACUACAACUACCGGUACUACUCCAACUACAGGUACUACUCCAAUCACAGGUAUUACUCCCACAGGUACUACUCCAACUAGUGGUAUAUCAUCCGAAGCUUCAGGUACUACUCCAACUAGUGGUGAAUCAUCCGAAGCUUCAGGUACUACUCCAACUAGUGGUGAAUCAUCCGAAGCUGCAGGUACUACUCCAACUAGUGGUGAAUCAUCCGAAACUUCAGGUACAAAACCAACUACUGGCACUACUCCAACUACUGGUACUAUUCCAACUACCGGUACUCCAACUACUGGAGCCUCAUCUGAAACUUCAAGUUCAUCAGAAUCCAGUUCUAGUAACAGUGAAGAGAGUUCCGGGUUACCAUCUACAUCUGCUUCUGGCUCUGAAACCGGAUCACAAACUUCAGGAACCAGUUCAGAGGUUUCUGUGGCAUCAUCAGUUGCUUCUGGUUCAGAAAGCGAAAGCGUGACUUCUAGUCCAUCUUCAGUAGUUUCCCUGAGUUCCCUGAGUUCUCAAACAGAAACCACUACUUAUGGAUUCCUUAUAACUGCUGUGGCCGCACCACCAGUUGAAUUCAGUGAAUUGGUCAACUAUUCCGGAGAUAAUAUUAUAUUGAAUAGGGACGAAGGAAGCCACUUUGAAUUACAACUUCCAGAAGGAUAUAUUACAGUCAAUGACUUAUAUUUUGUAGGCGAUAGCAAUGGAUUCCAUCUUACCGAUUCAGCAAUUGGAGGAUGGCUGUUUAUCGGAGAUCCAGUAUUGGAAUUGAACGGACAAAGUGAUUUCUACAUCUGUCCAGAUGAAGCUGCUCCUUUACAAUUAUCAUCAAUUGCAAGUGACUGUUUCCUUGGUCAAUUUAGUAUAGUUCUCGAAAGUGCUACUUCAGCCACUGGCACAACCACUGGCACUAAUACUGGCACUAAUACUGGCACUACUACGGGCACUACUACUGGCACUAUUACUGGCAAUACUACUGGUACUGGCACUGGUACUGGUACUGGUACUGGUGCUGCAACAGCUAAUCCAACUGGAGGAAGUUCCACUGGAUCUACUAUCACUACAGUCUAUACCUCUAGUGAAAUUAUCACGAUAACACAAUGUGCUAGCACAGUUACUGACUGUCCAGCUAGGUCAAUCAAGACUACUACUAUCCUUCACACUAUCACCACUACUUACUGUCCAGAAACUGCAGCGCAAGCUACUGGUGGUCUGACUACUACCGCCACAUUCAUUUCUAAUAAAAUAAUUACCAUUACUCAGUGUCCAAAGACUGUUACGAACUGUCCACUUAAUUCUAUUAAGACUGUGACUAUUCCUCAUACUGUCACCACAACAUACUGUCCAGAGGAAGAAGGUACCAUUGCACCUACGUUAACUCCACUUGGAGGAACAGAAGCUGGUAUUUUCACAUCUUAUGAAACAUUGACGAUCACUACAGCCAAUUCUAUCGAGACUACUACAGUCACACAUUUGAUUACUGUUACUACUCCAAAUGCUGCAGGUCCAGCUGCAAAUGAAGCCGCUGCUGCUACAGGAGCCAUAGCUGGUGGUAGUGAAACUACAGGUCCAAAAGAAGUUGGUACCAAUGAAGCUAAAACAUCUAAUACAGGUAUAGCUAAAAUUAGUAGUGAAGUUUAUAGUACAAUCUCUAAAGCUAUACCAACAUCAACUAAUGAUGUAGAUACCUCAGAACAACAAAGCACAAUGGCACCAAUAAUUUCAAUACCUCCCAGUUCCAAUAAUGCUGGCACAGUAUCAUAUAGUUUAGGAGCUAUAUUCAUGCUAUUUUUCGUUCUCUUACAUUAA